AAAGGACAAGGCGCUACCCCAGGAUGCACUUCUGAAUGGCUCCAGAACCAGCUUAUCAGCACCAGGGCUCGCGUGACUCGAUGGCUGAUGCACAAGAUCGCCAGUGGUGUGAGCGGGAUCAACGGUCGCUGGACAUCAAGGUCAAGGAUGGACUUGAUAUUGCAACUUGAUUUGCUCAAGUUGUUGCCUGGCAGGGCCUUUACUAUUUACGGCAGCCCGAAGCCACCUUGCCGCUGGCCUCAGCCACACUUGCCGCUCACCUGCCCGCAGAGGCCAAGGCACAACCACAGGCAGACAGGCAUCGACAUUUAUCUGUCCCUCCCUCCUCCAACCACCAAAUCCAUCUCUCCUACAACUUGUCCGCUCGAUCGCGUGUUUGCCAUGACACGCGUUUCCGUCUACACAUCGGCCCUGGUGGCCUUUGCCGCCGCGACUAUUAUGAUCGUGGUGUCCAUAUGGAUUCCUAACUGGGUCUCCUACUCGGUCACGACGACCUCUGGCGAGACGGUCGAGAAGCACAUUGGCCUACACAGGAGCUGCUCAAACCUUGAUGAUCCGCACUGUCGAAACUUCCCCUAUAAAGAGCUGUGCCAGGAUGGGGAGCGCUACUUCUGUUCCAUGUGGAGGACCGUUGGAUUUAUGGCGUCCUUUGCCACCAUCCUGUGUCUGGCUGGCCUAGUGUCGUUCGCCGUCAUUCUCAGCGGUGGCAAGUACAAGCGCGAGACGGGAUGGCCUUUCGUAGGAGCCAUGUUGACUCUCGUUUCCGUUGUUGAAUUCGCCACCAUUUCCAUCGUGGCAUAUCUCUUCGAAAACGAUGAUCAGUUCACCAUUCCUGGAUGGAACCUCGACGUCUCAUUCUACCUCGGCACCACUAGCGCAGUCAUAUCAAUUCUCACCGCAGCUGGACUCGUGUUGUCGGCUUACCUGCUCCCUCCGGAAGAGGGAUACGACUUCCUGGAGGAUCCUCUGGAUGCCUAGGCGGGAUUUUACGACUUCACCACUGGAAAUCGGGUCUUUCUCAUUCAUCAUUCUCAACUAGGCCCCGCAUAAUUGCAUCGUGUCAGAAGGGCAAGGAGUUAUGGGUUGUUUUUGAUUUUCUUGGGUACGGGAUGUAGAUAUUGGGCGUGUUCAAGUGCGAGUAUACGAUAAUGCUCUGAGAGGGACCAAUGCUGUGCAUAGACAACGCACCUGCAGUAAUGAAAGGCUUAUUAUAUAUGGACAAAAAACAGCGUAAAGAGGAUAAACCUGUUACAAGACUCGAAAUGCC